GUUUGGAAUGUGAAGACGACGGAGUGCUCAAACACCUUCAAAUCUCUUGGCAGCACUGCUGGGACAGACAUUACUGUGAAUGGUGUCAUUCUGCUGCCUAAAAACCCAGAACACUUUGUUGUUUGCAACAGAUCAAAUACAGUCGUCAUUAUGAAUAUGCAAGGACAAAUUGUAAGAAGUUUUAGCUCUGGUAAGAGAGAAGGUGGUGACUUUGUCUGCUGUGCGCUAUCACCUCGUGGUGAAUGGAUCUACUGUGUUGGUGAAGAUUUUGUGCUCUAUUGCUUUAGCACAGUGACCGGCAAGCUGGAGAGAACUCUGACUGUUCAUGAAAAAGAUGUCAUUGGCAUUGCUCAUCACCCACACCAGAACCUGAUUUCCACUUACAGCGAAGAUGGCCUCCUCAAGCUCUGGAAGCCAUAAUUUGAUUUGACAAUGAAUUAUAAAGCGUGCCUGUUAGUUGCAGGCUAUUGGUGUUUGUGCUUUAACAAGAUCUAAAUGCACAGAGUGUGCUAUUUGCUCAAUUUUCAGUUCAGUUUUCCAGAGAAUUACAUUUUUACUUCUUGGUUUAAAGUUAGGUAGAUUCCUAAAUAUAGCAUCAGCAUCAGAUAUUUUUAUUUUUAC